CCGUGUGUGAUGGAUCCCGUGUCUGGCACCCAGGUGUCUGCACUCCUGUUGGCUGCUGAGGUCUCUUCUUUCCUCGGACCUGCUGGGAUGGAUGUGAAGGACAUGUGUGGCGCUGUCUCUGCCCUUGUCACGGAGCCACGGUUUGCCCAGCAGCUCAGGGAGUAUUUGGAAGGGGAACAGAUCCUGGAUGCUCGUUACCGGCUGCAGAAGAUGCCGGGUGGCAGCGUGGCCCUGCCUGUGCUGGGAGAGAAGCUCACAGAGCAGCACCUGCGGGCGCUGCAGAAGAGCGGGCCCCAGGAGGUGCCCUGCAGGCUGACCUGGAUCCAGGACCCCGUCCCUUCCAAGGCAGCCAGCGUGCAGACGCCUGCCCAGAAGCUGUGCCACAAGCUGCAGCGGUUGGUGGUGGGCUCGGGUGAGAGCUGGUCGGAGGAGCUGGAGCACGAUGUGCCCCGCUCCUGGCAGCGGCAUGGAGACCUCGUCUUGCUGAGUGAGGACAGCUUCAGCGCUGCGCUGUGGGAGAAGCUGGGCCCAGCGCUCUGGGAAACAGUCGCCUCGGCUCUGGGUGCCCAGCGCGUGGCCAGGCGAGGGCGGGUAUUGCCAGACGGGAUGCGGUCCCCCAGUGUGACCCUGCUGCUGGGCCAGGACGGCUGGGUGGAGCAUGUGGACAACGGGAUCAGGUACACGUUCGAUGUGACCAAGUGCAUGUUCUCCCCGGGCAACAUCACGGAGAAGCUGCGGGUGGCCUCACUGCCGUGCUCUGGGGAGGUCCUGGUGGAUCUCUAUGCAGGGAUCGGCUAUUUCACGCUGCCGUACCUGGUGCACGCGGCGGCUGCCUUCGCCCACGCCUGCGAGUGGAACCGCCACGCCGUGGAGGCCCUGCGGAGGAAUCUGGCGCUGAACGGCGUGCAGGACCGCUGCCGCAUCCACCACGGGGACAACAGGCAGCUGGAGCUGCAGGACGUCGCUGACCGGGUCAACCUGGGGCUGCUUCCCAGCUCCGAGGAAGGCUGGCCCAUAGCCUGCCGUGUCCUCAAGAAGGAAACAGGCGGAGUGCUCCACAUCCACCACAACGUGGAGAAUCUUCCCGCACAAGCCCACCAGCAGCCUGGAGUUUUGAGGGAUGAGCAGAGACCGCCAGAGGAAGCCAGCUCUGUCAGGCAGGUGGACAGAGAGAGGGAGCGCUGGAGCCUGAAGGACGCAGAGAACUGCAGGAAGGAGACACAGGUGGCCAGGGUCCGGCCUGAGUGGCGGAGGUGGGCAGAGGCUGCUGCGAAGCGGAUACAGGGGCUACUGGAAGAGCUGCACGGGCGGCCGUGGAGGACCAGCAUCCUGCACAUUGAGGCAGUGAAAUCCUACGCACCCCACGUGCAUCAUGUCGUGCUGGACCUCGAGUGCCGUCCGACGCUCCCGGCAUAGCCGGCCACAAGGCCCUGGCACGGCUCGAGGACACAGGAAACGGUGGUGUUAGCAGGGAGAUGCUGCAGUUGCCUGCAGGGUGCUGGCUCGGGGCAAGCAGCAAAGGCAGGGGACGGUUCCCCCGACAGGUCCGAGUUAGAGAAGGUUGCCGUUCUGUGCAGAGACAUCUGUCUGUCCUUUCCACAUCCCCUUGUUUCCAGGGGGCAGCACUGCCCGGCAGCAAGCUGGGCCCUGCCGUCCUUGGCUUCUGACAGUGCCCAGGGCAGUGAUGUCCGCUCCCCAAAGGGAGCGCCACUUGGCAGGAGCUGGACGGGACGGGAGCCUGCAUGGCUCCUCAUGGCCAAGGAGGGAGCUCAGCUGGGGCUGAGAGCACUCCGAGUCCUUCCCCGGCUCUGCCUGCCGCUGCUCAGAGCAGGAGCAUCCGACCGGAGCCUGCCGUGCCCCUCACCUCUCCUCUGGAUGCUACCUGGCACUUUCAGUCCCAUGUUUCAUAUGGAAGAGAGCUGCAGGGCCAAAUAAACCUCAGCAUCCAUGGAGCCUUCAGAGCGUGCCAAGCUUUCUUCCAGUGAAUCAGAUGCAGGCUUUGUGCUCAUUUACUAGCAUGCUUUUUUUUUUUAAUACCAGAAGCAGGUCUGUCCAUCUCAGUUUCUUCUCACCUUUUUGCAGAAAUCGGGACAUUUACCACCUCUCUAGUUG